AUGUACAGAGCUCUGCGGCUUUCUCCAUUGCGAUUUAUCGUGAGCUCAAAGUUGACGCCAACCGUAUCUCGGGGACGAGGACGAAGUGGAAUCGAUGAUAAUAGUGCUGCUUGUUCUUGCUCUCGUAGUGUUACCACAUUGAUUGGUAUAUGUAAUGAAUUCAUUCGAUGCCAAGAUGAGUCGUCGUCCACUAGGAAGAUCUUCAUACCAAAAAAAACUAGGAAGAUCUUACAGGUGCAGAUUGUUGAUGCACUUCGUUCAGGAGAAAGGCAUGGAGCGUCGUCUCUGCUUUUGAAGUUUGUACACGGAAAAUAUUCACUUCGUGCGUUCGAUUUUCAUGGCAUUCUCGAGUAUUGUGCACGAUCACCUGAUCCUGUGUUUGUCAUGGAGACUUAUACUGUAAUGUGCAAGAAGAAAAUCAAUCUGGACAGCAGAUCUUUGCUGUUCAUAGUACAAGCUCUUUGUAAUGGUGGACAUUUGGAUAAGGCGUCAGAGUUUAUUUACGCUCUUGGAGAAAAUGAUAGUAUCUCUCCACUUUUACCGGUCUAUAACUUUUUUCUUGGAGCCUGUGUAAAAACGAGAAGUUGGAAUUACGCUGGUAAAUGUUUGGAAUGGAUGGAUCAACGGAGAGUGGGGAAGAAUGAAAUCACAUACGCAGAACUUCUCAAGCUUGCAGUUUUCCAGCGCAAUCUGUCGUCUGUUUAUGAGAUACUGAAGCACUAUGUCGACAACUAUAGUCUGAACAUACUCUCUCUCAGGAAAUUCAUAUGGUCCUUUACGAGGCUGGGGGAUUUGAAAUCAGCGUAUGAGUUAUUGCAACACAUGGUGGCUCUAGCUUCAAGAGGAGAGAAAGUUGUUUCAAAACUGGAUAUUCCUAUACCGUCAACUGGCCAGACGGCGGUAUCAGAGAAAGUUGCUUUUGGAGCAAAUGAUCAUGGAAACAACACUGUGGAGUGCAAAUCGUCUGAUGCACGGAGCAAGAAAAGUAAGUCUUCCAAAGUGGCUUUACCGAAAGGUCGCAACAAAGUUCCUGCAACUAGGGUCCUCAGGUGGUCGUUCAAUGAUGUGAUUCAUGCAUGUGGACAGUCUAAAAACUCUGAGCUGGCGGAGCAGCUAAUGCUGCAGAUGCAAAACCUUGGGUUGCGACCAUCAAGCCACACAUAUGAUGGCUUCAUUAGAGCUGUCGCAUUUCCAGGAGGAUACGAACAUGGCGUGGCACUGUUGAAAGUAAUGCAGCAGCAAAAUCUGAAACCAUAUGAUUCAACUCUUGCUACGGUUUCAGCCUAUUGCAGUAGAGCCUUUCAAGUUGAUUUAGCUGAACAUCUGCUGGAUCAAAUAUCUGAAUGCCCUUACACAUAUCCUUUUAAUAACCUUCUCGCUGCGUAUGACUCCUUGGAUCAACCAGAGCGAGCCGUCCGAGUUUUGGCUAGAAUGAAGCAGCUAAAACUGCGUCCGGAUAUGAGGACGUACGAGCUGCUCUUUUCAUUAUUUGGUAAUGUGAAUGCACCAUAUGAAGAGGGCAACAUGCUGUCCCAAGUAGAAUGUUGCAAAAGGAUUAACGCCAUAGAAGUAGACAUGGUCAAAAAUGGUUUUCAGCACAGUCCUACCUCGAGGAAGAAUGUGCUGAGAGCACUCGGAGCUGAAGGUAUGGUGAAUGAGAUGAUCCGACACCUGCAAAGAGCUGAGAAUAUGCAUGUAGAAACAGCUACAUACAACAUAGUGCUUCAUUCACUUCUUGAGGCAAAUGAAACUAACAUGGUGAUCAAAAUAUUCAAACGUAUGAAAGCAUGUGGCUACCCUGCAGACGCUGCUACCUACAAUAUCAUGAUUGAUUGUUGCAAGCUUAUUCACUCUUAUGAAUUAGCUUGUGCUCUAGUUUCUAUGAUGAUCCGUGACGGGUUUCUUCCAAAAGCGCUUACGUUUACUGCUCUGAUGAAGAUUUUGUUGAACGAUGGGAACUUCGAGGAGGCACUCAAUCUCUUGGACCAAGCUGCACUGCAAGAGAUACACCUCGAUCUCUUAUCAUACAACAUCAUUCUGCGUAAAGCAUUUGAGAAGGGAGUGAUUGAUGUGAUUGAGUACAUAGUGGAGCAAAUGCACAGAGAGAAAGUGAGUCCAGAUCCUACAACAUGCCAUUAUGUUUUCAGUUGUUAUGUGGAAAACGGGUAUCAUGCAACAGCAAUAGAGGCGUUGAAUGUUCUGAGCCUAAGAAUGCUCAGCGAAGAAGACAAAGAGAGUCUUCAGGAGAGGAAAGCAGAGCUUGAGGAAAAAUAUGUCAUGAGUGAAGACCCUGAAGCAGAAACAAAGAUAAUAGAGCUGUUCAGAGACUCUGAGGAGAAUCUUGCUGCUGCACUGUUGAAUCUAAGAUGGUGCUCGAUGCUCGGGGUUCGGAUUAUAUGGUCGGAAGACCAAAGCUCUUGGGCUAGAGAACUCUCCAACAAGUAUGGUUAA